CCGGAAAUGACACCGAGACUGAGAAGAAGAAGAAGAAGAAGAAAUUUGGAGCUUGUGAAGGGAAAACACCACAGGGAGAGGUAAAAUACACCAACUUAAAAACAGACCUUUAAAGUUAAAAAAAAACAUAUAGGUAACUGUAAUAGGCACAGCAAGCCUCCAGCGUAUCUUCGACCUGCUCGGUUUCACGCUGGAAGCUGGUCAGCGGAGGUUAGCCGACCCGUGAGCCGGCGUGCAGCCGUAGCAUGUCGGUACACUUCGAGGAGAGGAGCGGUGUCGUCCCCUGCAAGACGCCAUGGGGCUCCUGGUACCAGACCAUGGAUGAGGUCUUCAUUGAAGUCAACGUGCCUCACGGGACCACUGCUAAAGAGGUCAAGUGUCACCUGGGGUCCAGAGACAUCGAGCUGUUGGUCAAGGGAAAGGAAAUAUUCAAGGGAAAACUAUUUGGAACAACUGUAUCAGAUGAGGCCACAUGGACACUAGAGGAUAAAUGUCUUAUCCGGAUCAUUCUGAUGAAGACCAACAGAGAAGCAGGGAACUGCUGGUCCUCGCUGCUGGAGGGGGAGUAUUGUGCGAAUGCUUGGGUCCAAGACCAGAUGCAGAGAAAACUCACUCUGGAGAGGUUUCAGCGAGAGAAUCCUGGAUUUGACUUCAGCGGUGCAGAGAUCUCUGGGAAUUUUGCCGGUGGCGGUCCAGACUUUUCCAGCUUACAGAAGUGACCCUUACCAUGAUGCUAGUACAUGCUUGAGGAGUUACCUCUGCCCAUCAUGCACAAUGUGCAGAACAACAGUGGAUGCAUUCGGUCUACUGUGACAAGAAUUUGCCUUGAGACGAACUAAAAAGCCUGGCUGUCACAUCAUUGGUCUCGUCCUCAAAGGACUGAUUUUGUGCAAACCAGAUGUGGGGAGUGGGAAGGCUCUACAAAGGAAGUUGAUAACUCUCGUUAUGAGAAUUUUCUGACAUGUUUUAAUAAAAACAAAGUGCACUCAGCAAUAGCUUUUCAAUAAAGUUUUAUUGAAAGGUACAAAUACAUAGGUUAAUCAGAUGGUGUAUUCAGUCAUUUUGAAUUUGAGACCACAUUUUGUUUUGUCACUAAAAUCAAACUAAACAGGGAAACUGGCACAGAAAAUGCGAUAUAAAUUUCAACCUGAAUUUCCACUGCAAUGACCUUUUUUGGGGUUUUCUGAGUGCUCUCUAAAAAACUAACAACUUAACUCAGUAUAUUUGUGGCGCUUCACACGGUGUCCACAAAUUAAGAGUUGGUGAAAACAACUCAUCUGUAACCGUUGGUAACGUUUCAUCUCAAACACUGAUGAGCUGUAGAUAACAGGAUCAUCACUAGCUUCAUUUCCCUGGUACAAACCAGAGCUCCCUCGCCUUAACAAAAAAAAAAUUCAUCACCUUGGGUAGGAGUGUGCAUUCAGGACAGCUUAGCAACCUAGGGUGGGAGUGAAGGACUUUGGGCCCGAUCUUUUGGUUCAAUUUUUUUGCUGUUCACAAAAUCCCUCUCCCUCCUCUUCCACAUGGUGGACUGAGGACCUAGGUGGUUCUAUACUUAUUAGCUUAAAACCAGCAACCCGUUCCAGGGAAACACCAAACACCGUGGUACGGAUUUAAACAAGAACAUACAAGACACCUGUGCAAACGGCUCAACCAAGAAAGUAAAACUUCAACCUUUCUGAGGAAGAAUUACUCCUUGUCAUAGGGAAAGAAAAAUGUGUGUCUGAUCAACAUAUGAAUACAAACUUAAGGGAUU